ACUCCUACACCUUCAAGCUGAGAGACACUGGUCGCUAUGGUUUCAUCCUGCCAGCCAAUCAGAUCCUCCCUACUGCCAAGGAGGCUUGGCUGGCUCUGAUGGCCAUCAUGGAGCACACCAAGGACAACACCAACUAGUGGGGUCACCAUGACAACCUACUGGACACUGCUUGCGGCCUACCAAAGGCCUAAAGAAGUUCAGCUGGAUUGCCCAGGUCAUGUGGUUUAGAAAGGUACGAUGAAGGUGCUGCUCGUCUUGGCUGCACUGUCUGUGGCCAUUAUCGGCAAGGAGACCUUUGAGGGGCACCAGGUGCUUCGUAUCACUGGGAAGGAUGAGUUCCAGCACUCUCUCCUGAAGGACAUGGCUGAGAUGGAACAUCUCCAGUUGGAUGUGUGGAUGGAGCCCAUUGACCUCUCCACUCCUGUGGACAUCAGAGUUCCCUUCACCAGCCUGCAGACCGUCAAGGCUUUCCUGGAGACUGAAGACAUCCCGUACUCCGUCAUGGUCAAGGACCUACAGGUUUUGUUGGACGAGGAGAAUGAGCAGCGGCUGAGUGCUGCACGUGCCACUGAGCCCAGAACCACAGAUGACUACGACUACACCAACUACCACAACGGGGAUGAGAUCUACAGUUUUCAGGACAUGCUGGUGGCUGAGAACCCCAAACUGGUCAGCAAGAUCGUGAUUGGUCAGAGCUAUGAGGGCCGCCCUCUGAAUGUGCUCAAAUUUAGCACUGGUGGCACCAACCGUCGUGGCAUCUGGAUUAACACUGGAAUCCACUCCAGAGAAUGGAUCACUCAGGCUAGUGGCACCUGGUUCGCCAAGAAGAUUGUGACUGACUACGGACGUGACGCCGCACUCACUGCCAUUCUGGACAACAUGGAUAUCUUCCUGGAGAUUGUGACCAACCCAGAUGGCUACAACUACAGCCACAAAACUAACCGUAUGUGGCGUAAGACCAGGAAGCCCAACCCUGGCUCUUCCUGUGAUGGAACUGACCUCAACAGAAACUGGGAUGCUGGUUUUGGAACCGCUGGCUCUAGCGGUAACCCCUGCGAUCAGACUUACCGCGGGCCCAAGGCUCACUCAGAGUCUGAGGUGAAGUCCAUUAUGGACUUUGUUAAGUCUCAUGGCAACCUGAAGGCCUUCAUCGACAUCCACAGCUACUCCCAGAGGCUCAUGUACCCCUACGGCUACACUGCAACCCCUUGCAACGACCAGAGAGAACUGCACGACCUGGCUAGGAAGGCCAUCACUGAUCUGGCUAGCCUGUACGGAACUUCCUUCAGAUACGGCAGCGUCAUGACCACCAUAUACCAAGCCAGUGGCAUCAGUAUUGACUGGUCCUACAACCAGGGCAUCAAGUACUCCUACACCUUCGAGCUGAGAGACACCGGUCACUAUGGUUUCAUCCUGCCAGCCAACCAGAUCCUCCCUACUGCCAAGGAGGCUUGGCUGGCUCUGAUGGCCAUCAUGGAGCACACCAAGGACAACACCAACUAGUGGGGUCACCAUGACAACUACAGUAUACUGUUCACAGAUUAACCAAUUGUAUAGCUCUCUUUGAUAUAGUCAUGUGAAUGCCUGUGUAAAACAAAGUUACGUUUGUCUGUACUGUUGUAGAUAUACAGUAUCUAGCUCAAGCUGAUGAUACCAUCCAGUCCACAAGAGUGCACUAGACAUCGUCAGUAAAAUGCUCAACAAAAUGACCAGUUCACAUCAGAA